GAACGGAGCUGCGCUGAGGGGGAGGCGGCGGCGGCGGCGGCCGUUCCCGCCUCGCCGUUCGUCUCUUCGCCCUUCCGCAGGCGGGCGGCUGCACGUAGGCUCGCCGCCCGCCGGGGCUUGGUGCCGCGGCUUCCUCCCGGUGCGGCCGUCGGGUUGGUUUUUUUUCCCCCUUUUGACGGUCGUAUCCCCCCGGGAGUCUCUUUGGCCGUGAGGCAGCGAAAUUUAAAAGCAUUGCGUGAGGUAACGUGCUUCCGAGGGAUGCUGAUGAGUCUCUUUCAAUUUACUGCUAGAAGGUUGGUUUCCCAAGCGUAUUGUGGACUUCAGGCUUCUUCUUCAAAGAAACAGAAGUUUUGCUUUGAAAUGGCUCGUCCUAGUUCAAAUAUGGCUGAUUUUCGAGAAGUGUUUGCCAAAGCGAAGCAUAUAGCCAUUAUCACAGGAGCAGGUGUUAGUGCAGAGAGUGGAGUUCCUACCUUCAGAGGGGCCGGAGGCUUCUGGAGAAAGUGGCAAGCCCAGGAGUUGGCCACGCCGGAGGCUUUUGCACGAAACCCUUCUCGUGUGUGGGAAUUUUACCAUUAUCGCCGGGAGGUGAUGUUGAGUAAACAUCCGAAUCCUGCGCAUAUUGCCAUCGCGGAGUGCGAAAGGCGACUGAGCAAGCAGGGAAGGAGCGUUGUGGUCAUCACUCAGAAUAUUGAUGAACUACACAGAAAGGCAGGCACAAAGCACCUCAUAGAAAUUCACGGUAGUUUAUUUAAAACUCGAUGCACCAACUGUGGAAACGUGACUGCGAAUUACAAGAGUCCAAUUUGCCCCGCGUUGGCUGGGAAAGGGGCUCCAGAUCCUGAAGCAGAAGACGCCACCAUUCCAGUGGAAGACCUUCCUCAGUGUGAGGAAGACGGCUGCAACGGGCUCCUCCGUCCCCACGUGGUGUGGUUCGGUGAAACCCUGGACCCUGACAUCCUCACAGAGGUUGAGAAGGAGCUCGAGAUCUGCGACCUCUGCUUGGUGGUCGGGACCUCCUCCGUGGUGUACCCUGCUGCUAUGUUUGCCCCUCAGGUAUCCGCCAGAGGAGUGCCAGUUGCAGAAUUUAACAUGGAAACUACUCCUGCUACAAAUAGAUUCAGGUUCCACUUCCCGGGCCCCUGCGGGAGCACGCUGCCGCCGGCGCUGGCCCGCCACCAGACGGAGAUCAUCGCCUGAGGGACGGGGCGGCGGGGGAGACCGGGACCCCUCCCCUCCCCUGCGCCCCGCGGCAAUAAACGGGCGCCUCUCCGGCUGUC